CUGCACCACACGACGACAGAUUUCUGCAAAUGUUUUGCUGAUUGGGGACUUCCAUACAAAUGCAUGGCAGGCACCUAUUAUUCUACACCACAGAAGCCAUCCAGUGGUUCAGCUGCUGUACUGCAGUGUUACUCCUCCUGGUCCACAUGGAACUGGUCCACAUGCAGAUUUCCUGUACUGGAGGGAUUCCUGGCAUACCUGGCAUCCAUGGACAAAAUGGCAGGGAUGGUUCGAAAGGUGAAAAGGGAGACCCAGGUGAGGCAGCUCAGCCAAUCAGGGGCCAGAAAGGGGUACAAGGUCCAAGGGGUCCACCAGGAAGGCCUGGUAUGAAGGGGGACAUUGGCCUGCCGGGACCUCCAGGAUAUACAGGCCAGAAGGGGGAGAAGGGAAGACCCUUUAAUCCUACCAACCGCCAGAAAUCCUUUUUCUCCUACAAGCGGGAGAUUUCCCAAACACCAGAGUUAGACACGACCAUUGACUUCAACAGAGUGAUUUUGCCUGACUUGGACUCACAGUUUCAAGGAGAAACUCUGACAAAUGGGACAUUCUUGAGUAAAAUCAAAGGUGUUUAUUUCUUCAGUUUCCACAUUUCAGCAAAGAGCAAUGUGUGCCUCAAGUUAAUGAAGGGCAGCGACAGUCAGAUGACCCUAUGUGACACAUCUGAAGGUUUCCUGGUAACAUCUGGCUCAGCUCUUCUUGAGCUGCAGGUCGGAGACACGGUUUCUCUGCAGACAACAAAGUACAACAGCAUUGUGACGAGCCAGAGCAGCGCCAGCCAUACUUUCACUGGCUUCCUGAUCUUCCCGACUACCUAAACUCAUCCAUUCAUAAAAUCACAACA